AAUAUCAAAAAGGAUAAAGGAAACAUACAUAACCUAAAAGUAGAAGACUGUCACCGUAAGUAUUAGAAUCAGAAUGCAAUAAUAUUGGUGACAUUAGAAUAAAGUAUAAAAUGCAAUGUGUAGGAUAGAUAAUUAUUUUUAAACAUUUACAUCUUAUUAAAGCUUGUGUUUUAGUUAUUUAUAACUUAUAGGCUUGGAAAUUGCCGAGGUUCAAGCGUGGAAUACAGUACUUUCUUGCGAAUAUAAACAAGAAAACAGGACCAAUUUGGAAUUGAAUGACAAAGAGAAAAUCGACCAAGAAAUAUGGAUUGGUCAUGGAUCAUGCCUUCGUUCUCCAAUCAGUUCGGCAUGAAAACGGCCAAAACAGAGGACGAAGACGAUGCAGAUUUCAACAACAGAAAACGGGUGAAACUGAGCGUUGAAAAAGACGACACACCAAAGCAUCAAACUGCAAAAACCUGCUCUGAUAAAUCGAAUAACUUCAGAAAUAAAGGGAUUCAAAAACUGUGGUGUGACAAGUACAAACCAAAAAAUAUGGAUGACUUAGUUAUAAAUCGUAAAAAAGUGUUGGAAGUUGAAACUUGGUUGAGAAAUGUUUGGAAAAGCAAUCACGGGAAAACUCUCUUAAUCACUGGGCCACCAGGUUGUGGAAAAUUAUGUACAUUAACAGCUGUUUGUCGGUCAUUAGGAUUGUCGUUUAUCGAGUGGACUAAUCCGUUAGGAAUCACAAAAGACAGCACACAAGAAUUGAAGUUCCAAGAAUUUCUACUUCGUGCAUCCAAAUACUCCAGUCUAAUCACAGGUGAAUCUGAUAGGAGGAUUGUGUUAAUCAAGGAUAUCCCCAGUUUCCUCCUAGAGAACCCUAGUGUUUUCCAUGAGAUCAUCAUCAAACAUACUAGGCCCAAAAAUAUAUCUCCCAUUGUUUUCGUUAUUAGUUGUGUGGAUGUUGUUAGAGAUCUUUUCCCUGACGAUGUGAAGUAUCAGUUGAAUUUGGCGACUAUCAAUUUCAACCCAGUAACUGAGACAGCCACGGUGAAAGCGUUGGAGAAGGUAAUCUCGUUAGAGCGUAAGAUUGAUAGAAGCUUUUCAGUUCCAACGAAGGACGAGCUGUUAGAUAUUAGUAGGUCAUGCGACGGGGACUUGAGGAGUGCUUUGCUGAAACUUCAGUUCGGGUUGGAAGGUGGAGGGAACGCUGACGUUUUUAAGAUGCCCAUGUUGGAUUCUAACAAUAAGAGAACCAGGGUGAAGAAGACCACAUCAAAAAAACACGGUGUUAAACAGAUUGUGAGUGAAAUAGAUAAAGAUAAGAAGUUGGACUUUUUUCAUUUGGUUGGUCGAGUCUUGUACCCGAAAAAGGUUGUCGAUGAUUCGGAUCCGAAAAAGUUCACGUUUGUACAUUCGCCUAGUGAAAUCGUGGAUAAUUUCUUGACUGAACCCAACAAACUUGUAAAUAUUCUACAUGAGAACUAUCUGGAACGUUUCUCGAAUAUUAAGGACGUGUGUUCGGCGUCGGAAAUGUUGGAAAACUCGGACGUUCUUCUGUCUGAGUUCUCGGGACGUGACACAUUGACCGAGUAUGCGCUGUCUGUCACGGUUCGCGGCUUGAUGACAACCAACAGUCAGCCUUCGGGAACAAAAUGGCUGCCAUUGUCGAAGUCGCGCAUCUACUCGACUGAGUGCAGCAAAAAACAGAACAUCAACAAUCUCAGGACUUUGUUUCCAAAUGUACAAUCGGCUGAUGAUGCUCUACUUGACGUUGUGCCUUAUCUGAGUAAACUGAACAUUGAUCUACCCCCUGAAAAGCAAGCAACUCUCAAAAGUCUCAUCACUUAUAAAACAUAGGUAAUUUAAUCAAUUCAGAACCGAUAUCAUAGAGAAACAAUAGCGUAAGUAGAUAUCCCAUGGUAUAGGGCGUUUAUGUCGCAACUUUUACUGUUAUCUCAAGCCGAUUACUGUCGAUUAUUGUAGAUUUUUACUGUUUUGUUGGGGUGAGAGUGUUUGAACAGCACAAUAUGAGAGACUACCAGCGUCACACAGCUUCACGGUAAAGAACUACGUGGACUAUCGGCUUGAGAUAACAGUAAAAGUUGGGACAUAAACGCCCUAUACCAUGGGAUAUCUACUUAUGCUAUUGUUUCUCUAUGUCGAUAUUCAGUGGUUUGUUAUUGAAUUUAGAGAUACGUGUUAAUUUAUCGUUCCAUUCUUGUAAUUAUAUUAUUUUUGGAUUUAGAUUUAAAAUUGUUCUACUCUAAAACAAGGUAUGAUCUGAAAUAUUGAUAAUUCGAAUCUUUAAUGUGAAAUAUAAAUUCACUAAUUUGAAUGAAUAGUUGGAAACAUAAUUAGAAAUAACAACUACCUGAUUUAACUAAAAAGACCUAAUUUUGUAAAAAAAAAUUUGUUAUAUUUAUGUAGGCUAGUUCAGAGGUAGAAGUAAUAGUAGUUAGAUUUUGGCCUAAAAAACAUUAGAUUUUGUUACUUAGUAACUAUAAAGAUACAAAAUUGAACCAAUUAUUUUUGUAAGGAAGUUAAUUUAUUACAAAUAUCAAACAAAAUUUGGUUUUGACUAAUUGAAAGAGACGUUCAUUUGUUGAAAAUAUUUUUUGUCAGAUUUAUUAAUAGUGUUAUUACUUUUCUAAGUUUGGUCAUCAAUCGUCAAAUGAUUACACAACCAUUAAAAAUGUAUUCUAUUCACAAAAUGUAUUAAUGAUGAAAUCCUUCUAAAUACUGUUUUAUAUUUUUAAAAUUUUCAUUAUUCAACUUGAUAUUACAUUUGAAGUUUACUCAAACUUUCUGUUAUCUAUAUUGUUCAUCUUCAUUUUCCAUUAAAAAAUCAUAUUGGAAUUACAAUAAGUGAAUGAUGUUAUUAUUGGUCAAUUAUUAAUAAUUUUUCUUGUCAUAAUUGUAAUUGAUUUCUCUACUCUUCUACCGACGUGUAAUUAUUCAGUGGAUUAAAUUAUUCUGAUCAGUGGAUAAAAAUCGCCAUUCCAAUAAUUAUUAUUAUAGUGUUUUGAUUAUUUUCUAAUAGUAGAGCGCGUUUUAAUUGUCAUUAUACAAAUUGAUAAUAUACUUGAAGCUCCUUCAAAUAUCUGUUUUAUAAAUUCACUCUUCCCUGAUUUUCAAUCUUAAAAUGAAAAUAAAAUUAUAUUUCUUAAUAUUAGAGUCCUAGAUUAUAGGUAGAUUAAAUAGCAUCCACUGCCCACCUAAAACAGGGGAUCUGGAACUUGUCAAAAAAUCUAAACGGUCGAACAAAAAAGACACACCCCACAGUAACAAAUAAUACACAAGACACAGGGAAAGAAAGCAUACCAUUCAUGUGGAGUAAUGUUAAAUGUACUCUUCCUUUGAGUAAAAAGCACUUUUAGAGAAAUCUAUCUUUAAUUGAGAUCUAAAGUUGCGUUCAUUCAUACUCUCCAUGAAAUCAGGUAAAAUAUUAAAUAAUUGGAUGCCAGAGCUUCUGACGCCUCUCUUAUAGAAAGUGGAGCGAUGCAUCUCAUCUCAUCUCUCAACAAGUGUUUAUUCCUGGUAUUAUAAAAAUGAACAUCAUCACCACGAGUAAAGUAACAUUGAUUUCUCUUAACAAAACAAAGGGCCUCCAGAAUGUA